UCUAACUCUGUUCUUCAUUAUUUUCUCAUCUUUUUCUAUUUUUAUUGAAACAAUGAAGAGGACGAAAUGUAAGCGCAUGCUCUUGGACUUUUACAUGUUUAUGAUAUUAUCUCUGUGAUGGAAGCCUCCACUGUAAUACCCGAGAAAGCCGAGUGGAGGCGCAGAAGCUCCACAAAGAUGACAGGGAGCAUGCUUUUAUUUUGAAAGCCACGCUGGAUGGGCGCGCGCCGCCGCCGAAGUCCUUCACUCGGCAGCAGCUGAGGUCAGCGGGAGGAGCGGCGGAUCCACCGGGGGCAGAGUCUGUGGAGGAAACCUUCAAAUGUACCGGUCCAGCAGAAUGGUGAUGAGGAUACAAAAGUUGCCAAGUCAUGGAUAGAUCGCCACAAUGACACAUGAGACCCUCACAAGCUCCCAGCUGUCUGUCAAAGCUGCUGCCCUGCGCAUGGUUGACUUACCGCUGUCCGUGUACGGCUCCCUGGCACAGGUGAGUGUCAGCACAGGCACCAAGAAGCUGGUGGCAGCCACUGCCUUCGGUGCUGUCUCACUACUCUUCCUUGCACGUCACUUCCAGAGGAGGAAGGGCAGAAAAAAGACUCACUCGCCUCAGUGGGAGCAGGCUGGCUUUGAAUUUUCCUUCCCAGCCUUAGUAGAGAAUGAUAACACCAGUCAAAACAUCACUCUUACCCUCAACUCCAAGAAUGGUUGCUCCUCUGGUCUGGUUCUCACGACAGGGGACUACAGGAAGCUGUCUGGGUCUCUGCUGAGCCUGGCCUCAGUAAAAAGCAUGAACUCCUCCAGCAGCAGCACCUGCGCAAAUGAAUCCACCUGUUGGGACCGAGCAGGGGAAGCUGACAUCUGCAGUGUGGUCAACUUACCUGUGACCACACCUGAAAACCUCUACCUUAUGGGUAUGGAUUUAUUUGAGGAGGCUCUGAGGCGGUGGGAGGAAGCGUUGACAUUUAGGAGCAGGCAGGCCGAUGACGACGCCAGCUGUGCAUCCGUCAAAACUGGUGCUGGAGACACCAUCGCUGAGCAGGGCAUGGAGGAUGUCAUCAGUGUGGAGUUCAUCCACAGGCUGAAGUCUCUGCUGCAAAGAGCUUACAGCCUCCAGGAGGAGUUUGAAGGAGUGUUGUGCAUGUCAGAGCCUUCAUCCCACAGCAACAGCCAGGAUAAAAUGGCAGACAUUUUGGGCAGAGAGGAUCUGGACGACGCCUGUCUGAGGGACAGCAUCAGCAUCGCCUCCACUGACUCAUUUGUGUCUGCUGCUGAGCUGUCUGAGCACCGAGAGCUGAGGAGCGUCUUGGCUCUGGGUCAUCACCCUUUCUACGAGGAAGCGCUGCAGCUGGCCGAGGAUGGAAAGAUCUCCUGCAGGGUGCUGCGGACUGAGAUGCUGGACUGUUUUGGGGAUGUAGAUUUCCUUGCAAAAUUGCACUGUGUGCGGCAGGCAUGUCAGCUCAUUUUGUGCGAGAGAACGACCAGGAUGUUUCUGGCCGAAACGGGAAAGAAAAUACUGUCUUCCAUUAUUGUGAAAGCUCAGAAGAACCCGAACCGAUUCGAGGAAGUGUUUGAGGAGAUGAUUUCCUUCCUGGAGCACACAGAGCACUGGGAGAACACAGAGGUGGAGCUGGCAACACGAGGGGUGAAGCACUUGAACUUCUAUGAUAUAGUGCUAGACUUCAUCCUGAUGGACUCAUUCGAGGACCUGGAGAAUCCACCAAUCUCCAUCCAGAACGUGAUCAACAACCGCUGGCUCAACAGCUCCUUCAAGGAGACAGCAGUGGCAUCAAGUUGUUGGUCAGUGAUGAAGCAGAAGAGACAGCACAUGAAGGUGGCGGACGGCUUCAUUGCCCAUUUCUAUGCCGUGUGUGAACAGAUCAGCCCCGUUCUCGCUUGGGGUUUCCUGGGGCCCAAGAGCUCCCUGCACGACUUCUGCUGCUUCUUCAAGGAUCAGGUGCUACACUUCCUCAAGGACAUUUUCGACCUGGACAAAGUGCGUUACUCCUCAGUGGAGAGUCUAGCAGAAGACAUGCUCCACCUGCUGCACCGGCGCUCUGAACUGUUGUUGGCCUACCUGGGAGCCGACGCCCUGCGUCCCGUCAACAGCUGCAACCCUCCACAGGUACAGCUGGUGCCCAGUGCCCUGCUGGAGGCACAGGUGCAAUGAGAAAUGAGAACUCAUCCCCCAAACAGACCUGGGGUCGUAAAACACUACACGCAUGGAGAUCUCAGCAGUUAUUCAAGGAUGAAGUCAGACCAAAGAACCUAUCUGUAGGUAGGUUUGAAUGACUUGACUCUUCACCCGCCUGGUGCAUAAAAUUGGUUAAACCAAACACUCACUCAAAAACUUUAAUGUAAAAAUGUCACAGAGGUCUGAAAUCCACUCAUCACAUCUCCCAUCAUGCUGUGCGCUCUCACUGCUGUGGAUCUAUACAAACUGUACCAGUUGUCUGCCUUCACUUCAUCUCCUCUCCCCAUUCCUCCUGUCACUGUGCCAUGGCAGUGCACGUUAGUUUUCAAUAUCAUAGCAAUAGUAUUUGUAAUUUAAACUUGCUGUGAGACUGGCAUUAAUUCUCGUGCUGUAGAUAUUACGCUGUGUGAAUUAAGGCAUAUGUAUUGCUGUUAAGAGCAAUUUGUGUGAAAAAGGAAAAUAUUUACACUAUUUAUUUUACUAUACAGCGAAAUGAUGCAGGAUUUAUUUUUUAGAAGUUGUAGUCUUACCUGUUCGCUUCAGUGGAUUGUGAUCAGCUUCCAACAUGCAAUAGUAUGAAUACAAAUGUUAUAUAAUAGAUGUUUACCAGAUAUAGAUUUAUUAAAUGCAUUUUCACAUCUUGUUGAACGUCAGCAAUGCAAAACCAUUAGAUGUUCUUUGUUAUCAGCACAUGUUGCACAGAGAAAUGUAAAAUGACUCAGACUUGCUGUAAAAGGGAAAGUUGUGGUUUUUUUGGCACUCACAAAGCCUCAUGCAAUAAUUUCAAGUCCAGCACACGCAGCCUGCAGCCCACGAGGCUCUUAAUCCCAGUGUACUAUCAGCCACAGGAAAUAAAAGAUUAUACACCAAUAUUAUGUAAUCCUACAGCUGUUAAACAACUUGUACCGCUCUGAUUUUUAUGAUGGGCAAACACACAGGAAGCCUUACUGUCGACGCACACGUUCAAACCUCGUGGUCAUCACUGAAUGUCAGUCUGAAGAGGAAGACUGCGACACAUUUAUUGUUGUAUUGCUCAGUCACUGCCAUGUACAGAACAUGCACAACAUUGACGCUUUAUGCAGUGGAGUUACUACUGGAAUGUGUUAAAGAUAAAAAAUAAAAACUCCUUAGAGAUGAUUUACUGCAGGAUGUUCCUUUUAAAAAGGACAUUGCUACCAAUUUUAGCCAUUUUUUAAAGUGUGUUUACAGGUCUAAUUGAGGACUACUGCGCCUGUUGUGGCUCCAGAGGAAGCUGAUAAAAUUGCUUAUGGGAUGCUGCUCAAGACAACGUAAAAUUAACAUGUCACCUCCAGUGCUGCUGCAUCAAUUUUUGAUCCAUUUCUUUUAACUGUCCAUAAUGCAUUUAACAAUGUUGUAGGACCAGUGGACAGCUUUUGAUAAAACUGAUCACCAAUUUCCCAUAAUGCAACAUUUAUCAGAUGGCAUACGGCUUCUUCCAGAGCUAAACAAGACUUUAAUACUCAACACAUAUGCAGUAGUACUCUAAGACCUGUAAAUGCACUCAAAGUGGUGGAGUUGCCCUUUGAAGGAUACGUUCAGAUUAUUUGCUAUCGUUCUUAAAACACCAACAUGCCCACGUGUACCUUGAAAUCUUCCUAAUGUGAUUGAUGGGGGACAAAAUCCAGUCCUAUCUGACUGAUUCAAGCUUAAUAAAUGUGACUCUUGUUUAAUUUAUCAUCCAACAUAACUUGUCAGAACUGGGUUAUAAUCAGCUUGUUGGGUAAACAUUUUAACUCAUCACCGUAGGCUCCAGUAACUGACACUGGGCUUUUUGUGCCAUUUGCAGACAUACAGUAUAAAUUGAAUGAUCAAUCUUGAAAAUGACAAUACUGAAUUGUUUUUUAGAAGAUCCUGUUUAACUUCUGAAAUCCAUCGGCGUUAAGAGCACUGGAACUUAAUAUCCUCAUUCAGACUUUAGCUUCAGACUAAAGGUUCAGGAUUUUGUCCCCUCCUUUUCUUACAUAGUCAUGUAAUGGUCUUUUCUUGUUUUAAGAUCUUAUUUUGGCAACACAGGGAAGAAAGUUUUACAUUUGUGAGUUCACUUUGUUUUUGUGUACAAAUAAAAUUUAAAAAAAAUGA